AUGACAGCCUCGCUGGAAAGACCCUCGCCGGCGCAGGAAUGUCCCGAGGACGUACUUCAUGAAAUAUUGAAGUGGGUGGACGCUCUAGGCGCGGCUGCUUGCGCGGUCGUCUGCAGAAAUUGGUACCUCGCAAGCCGGAUGCGUCUCUAUUCUUCAAUCAAGCUGGAUACCUCGGACGUUGAGCGCAUGUCGUCUCUCCUCUGGACACUUGUGGAGGCCGCCCCAAAGACAUCCCUCGCCUUCGUGCGCGAUGUGUACAUUCUGUACGAACGGAAUCUUGACAAAGUCCCGCGAGCAGGUCUCUUCAGCUUCCUGUACCGUCUUCCAUCUAUACACAAUCUUCUCUCCCUCAGGAUCUGGCUCAUGACUUAUGAUUUCGACUUCGCGGAGGCAGCUUUCGCUCCCAUCUCUGCCCUUCGCUCCCUCAAAUCCAUUACGCUCGAAGGGAAAUUCCUGGACCUAGCGCAGGCGCCCAAUCGAAACAUCUUCACUCUAAUAUCCUCCCCAAGCCUUCGUCGUGCACACCUAGAAUUUGGCGCACCCUCGCAGUUCAACGCCGAAUGCGAUGUGCCAACCAACAUAACCUGGCUCACAGUCGAACCCAAUAGCUUCCUCGGCUGGUUCAGAAGGCUAGCUAACCCUUCCCUUACCAAGUCGCUCACGCGCCUCGACAUCAUCAUGUCGGUCAUCGUGAAUAAGAAGAACGUCACCGUCGAGCCCCUCCGCCUCUUCACCCGCCUCACGCAUCUCGUAAUCAAGACGGACGUCGGUGGCCAGCCGCUGCUGCACGAGGUUGUCGGGCAUAUGCCAGCCCUGCGCGCACUGUACGCUGGCUGGGGUACGUGGAACGAGAGGCUGUACGACGUGCUUCCGCCCGCGCUUCACAGUCUCUGGCUCGACGUUGGCAACGAUAGCCAUAGUCCGCGCCUCAGCAAUCUGCCCAUUGAACGAUUCGCGCAACACGGCCUGCGCGCGCUCGCGAUCGUAUGCACGGGCCAAGACGCCCCCGAGGUUUCCGAAGAAACUGCCAGUGCUUUGGAUGCAGGGCUGAUUUUUCGAGUGUACAAAGGCGCCCCGCCCGACGUACUCGACGAACGGCUGCUCAUGCAGCCCGACGGCGAACCUAUCGGCGUAUCGCCUGAGCACAUACCGCAAUAG